GAGGCAUAUGAAAGUUUCGUUCAUUUUGAACGAAUCACUCGUGAACGACACAUCACUACACAGGUGUCGUAGUUCCUUAAUGGCGGCUUGGUGUGGUCCAGAGAAAAGGCUCCGGUAGAAAGGUAAGAUACUUUGGGGUUUUUAUUCGUUUUUGCUUGGUGUAUUUAUUUUAGCUAAAUAGUUUAUACUUCACAUUAAGUUGAAAAAAACGUUGUUUUGUUUGUUGGUUGGUUUUUUUUAUUGCUUUGCUGAGACUAAUUAAAAGAAUUAAGAAAUGGUUCUGGUGGUGCAGAUCUCUGUCCUUAAACAUCAUGAUUCUGUAUGAUUCAUUAGUACUUGGUACUGAUGUAGACUAUCUCUAAUGUUCUGUUCCUGUUUGAAACAAAUGGUUCAGCUUCUUUAACUACAAGUUACUACUCUGCUAAUGGUACAACAGAACUGGCCUGUGAGAAUAACCGAGUCUGAGAUGGUGAGGUUUGUCCUUCCCUGUCUUCUGUUCAAGGAAAUCAAGCCAUUAAAUUUUCCAGGACCAGACAAGGGUCCCUCUGGUUCUGUGACUCUUACUUGUAGAAUAAAUCAUUUGUUUGGGUAGAAAUUGAACUUUUCAGUGUCUAGGAUCUAGGAUUAGUGUAGGUGGUGGUGCAGUGUCAGGUGGUAUAGGCUUCACCCAAUGUGUCCUGGCUGUCUAAAUGUGGUGAGAUCAGUCAGUUAAACAGGUAAGACUCCUUGGUAUUUCCUGCCCCAAAGGUGUUGGUACCAGAUCUACAACCUCUGGACGUUUGGCUUCCUGACUGUAGGGUGACAGAAAGAUCUUCUCAGCCACAGGUCUUCACGUUUGUUCUUCACAUUUUUGCUGAGUCUGUGUACUUUAUCCUGCAGACUGACUGACUAGUCUGUCUAGGAUUCUAUGGACCAAAUGUGACCAAGUAUGGAGAAGAUGGAUCCUGGUUAAAGGAACCUCAGAUGACGAGAAGGCUCGACUUUCUAGACCUGAGACUAUGGAACUUGGAGAGACUACAUCCUGGUCGAGUCAUGACUGUAGCCAAGAUGAUCCAGACCUGUCACCUUCCUGCUCUGGGUGUUUUAAGAGGCUGAGGCUGAAACUCCCUGGACCAGGAUUAUUUGACGAGACUGCUGUCAUUUGGUGGAUUAUACUAUUAGACCAUGGAUCAGAAUGACCCCAUGGACUUUCAGGCUCUCAGGGCCAAGUUUCAGGAUGAAGAGCUGCUCCCAAAACAACCCAGGAUCAAACCAGCUCUCCCAGAAAAGCCGAAGGUUGUGCCUCCUCCUCAGAGCCCCACACACUACCUGCCAGCAGGAGCGCGCCCCUCCCUGCUCACCUCCAUCAACCAGAGCCUGGAUGGGAAGACACCCCUUGCUCCCAGGGUGGUCUUUAAAGACGACAAGGACAACAAAAAGCCUCUGAUUCAGAACAACUAUAAAAAACUCAAGAGCGAUGGGAAGCUGAUGUCGAGUAAAGACAAGGCAGAGAAAACUGAGAAUGAUUUGUUGGAUCAGAGAAAGAAGGACAAGAAGCCCCCGCUGCUAACACUCACCCAGAAGGAGCGCACGGCACAACUGGUCCCCGCCACUCCUCCCCCCAAAUCUGCAACACAAAAGAAGAAACGUCUCCUUGGUUUCAAGAAAUCAGUGAAGAGGGAUUCGGUGGAGGUGUCUGAGCCCAUCCUCGACAGCCCCAGCUUAGACUGCUCUGGAGCGGCUCCUCUCAUCCCUGUGCCUUCUGACUUCAUUGACUCACCAAAGGCCCUUUUGCCAAACAUCCCACCAAUACCUGACUUUGAUUCUACGACUGAAGUCACGUCACCCUCCGACGUCCAGAUCUCCCCCACCUUUAUCCCACCUCCUCUUCUCAUUCCCAGUUUUCCAAGCCCAGAUUCUGAAACUCCACCAAAUGUGGAGCCUCCUGCCCUGCUCUGUUCUUUACCUGACAUCACGAUGCCAGAGACGAGUGCUGUCCAGACCACCACACCAUCACCAACCUCCCAACAACAUGAGAUGCUAGCUGACGCUUGUACUGAGGCAGCCAUUUCUGCCUCGGUGGAGUCACCCGUCCCUCCACCCACUGAGUCACCCCUGAGACAUCCGUCCCCCAUAAUGGAGCGUCCAAUGUCGGCACUCUCAGCCUUGGAGAGAGCAGGGGACAUGAACCCAGGGAAACGGAUUACCACUGACCAGAGAAUUAUCAACGCCCUACAAAAGGCUCGUAAGAAACCCACCAGCUCACAGUCAAACUACAGCAGACCGUACUCAGUCACCCCGCCCCCCGUGGAUACGCCCCCUACUGAGAGCCCCACCCUUUCUCAGCUAACACUCCCACCCAUUGACUAUGAGGGGAAUGCCUUCCAACAGAAACCAAGUCAAUUCAAUGGUAUUGAUCACAGUCAGCACUCUCCUGAGUUGGAGGUCAACACUGAGAACGGCUCUGCAUCUGUCCCUGAGCUUUUAGUGGUUCCUCCUCCUCCACCAAGAAAAGCCCUCCCUGACCCGCAGUCUCUGGGUCCAGCUCCAGAGAAACCCGCUCGACCUCCCUUGGUCAACCUGAAUGACUUCACCCCUCCCUCUCUUGUGGAAGGUCAUGAGUUCUCUGGUCCAGUUGAGUUUUCAGAGACAGACACAACGGAAUUUGACGAUUUUGGUUCACUCACACGAUCUCCAGAGACGCCGGUGUCUGAGUGGGGAAACAGCGAUAACUCUAGUCAAGAUAAUCUGGACAGACAGUUUGACAGCAACGGAACAGCUGCUCCAGAGGCAGAGGUCCAUCCACCUACAGACCCAGGGGAUGAAUACCAAUAUAAUCCACAGUCACUCACUGUGCCUGACGGUGCUGAAGCAGGGAGUGCAGCUGGUCUGAGUGUGGAAAAUUCAUAUGAGGAUUUCAUCAGUGGCAAAAAGAAGUCCAAGUCUGAUGGUGGCAAGAAGCGCAAGGGGCCACCAAAGAAUCCUUAUGCUGAGGCCGCAGCAGACGCUAGUGAAGAAAAAGGCAAACUGGGCAGGUUCACCAAAAGUGAGAAGAAAGUGGUUGUAGAAGGGCCGGACGAAAAGGAGCUGAAAAAGAGGGAGAAGCAACGUUUGGAGAAGGAGAAGAAGGAGCUGAAGGAGAAACAGGAGCGGGAGAAGAAGGAGCAGAAGGAGAAGGAAAAAAGGGAAAAUGAGAUGAAGAAGAAAUUCAACAUCACAGGGCAGGAGGAGGCCAUGUACCAGGCAAAGGUGACCGUGACAAAUAAAGGUCGCAAGAAUGACCUGCCCGUCAACACCGGUGACAUCAUCAGCAUCAUCCGGACAACCAACUGUCCUAAAGGGAAAUGGCUGGCCAGGGACAGCAGCAACAACUAUGGAUACGUGGCAGUGGAUCAUGUUGAGCUGGACAUCAAGGAGAUGUUAGAGCUGGGCAAGAAGGCUGCAAUCACCCGGAAGGCCAGCACGGGGGUGACAGAGGGAGAGGUGAUGAGCACGGGGAGCAGGGCGUCGAACCAUUUCCCGCUGUCAGCAGAAAGUUUUACAGAUGACAGUGAAGAGUGGACCGGUGAUGAUGAAGAUAAUCUCUCUCCUGUCAAUGACACUACAGAUCCAUACAAUCCAGUUGGACACACAAGAGCAGUCUCCAUGCCAGAUAUGGGAAACAAAGAUCUGAGCAUCAUCCACCAGCACAGCCACAGUGACAUCAGUGCAGACGGCUCCUGUGUUCAACCAAAACACGAAGCACUUCAGAAGUUAGCAACAUUUUUCUAUUCUCCCAAACCUUCUGAGCCAGCGCCCAGUAACAAUGGGGUGGAGACUAGUCCUGUGCUCAGAAAGGAAGGUCCUAUUCAGUCUGAAGGUAGUGAAAGGCAGGAAGUGGAAUUCGAAAACCCUGAUAUGAUCAUCCUACCUCCUCCUGAUCUGUACGCUGACUUCGGUGAAGAGUAACUAUCACAGUACAAGAGCCGCCGGGCAGCGGACACAGGAUGUUCACGGUGGUCUGUGACCUCUGUCAGGACACUUUACUGUGAAGCUUCUUUCUCCUGACUAUGACUGUAUCUGUCAAAUUACCAUGUUUAUGGAUCAGUACGGUGGUAUACAAGUGGAAUGGAUCUUCAAAAAAAAAAAAAAAAUUGUCAUGGAUCUGUUUCAGUGCUGUUUCUAAUCGGUCUGACAGGGGAUAAGGAAUAAGAUGCUCCUGAUGCCAAACAAGGACAAACAUAAAUAAAUGAAGCGAAAAAACGAAAAUAAACACGUAUAUGAACAAAGCGACAAAAAUAAGACCAAGAAUUUCCUUCAAAUAUCAACAGUUGUGCUGUGUACACCCCCCCCUUAAAUGUGAAAAUAUUCAUAAUUAGCUAAAGCCCCAGAUAACAGAAAACAACCUGCGUAUGACAAUGAUAUAUUUGCCUUCCAGUAAAAACGUUUUGCUUCUUUUUUAAAUAAUAAUAAUAAUGACUCUUUACAUAAAACAUAAUAUAAGGGAGUAAGUGAACUCAGCGUUUUAUGUAUGUAAGCAGUUAAUUAUUCUUAAUUAAUGAUGUAAUUAGUUUCUUUAGCACAUUCCUAUAGCUUCGACAAUGAUCUUUAACCAGUUAACUUCACUUCCAUCUGAUCACUGCUGUUUUCUCCAGUUCAACUGCAAAAUGAGCGUUAAUGUUUAAUAACUGUUUUUUUUUUUUUUGUACAUGAACAUCUUUUUCUACUUCGUUGUUCUACUCACUGUACCAUUGAGUACAGACAUGCUAACGUAACUAACUGUAUUAUUGUGUAUUUAAAUGCUUGUUGGUUUGUAUGAAAAGUAUUGAAGUGAUGAGGUCAAAGUUCAACAAAAAGGCUCUAGGACAGGCAGCAGCUGUGAUGUAAUGACCAAUGGUCUUGGUUUCACCUGAUGAUUGACAGGUGUCACUUUUGUGUGCCUCCUUUUUGAUGGGAUUUUCUCCUGUAAGAACUAUUGUAAUAUUGAGAUGAGAGGAAAUCGAAUGAUAAUCACAGCUCAGUGGGAAACGUCAAACUCGGUAACCAUCCGUGAUGUCGUAUUUAAGUGUGUGUAUGUUUAUUUGUAACCAACUUAAGACCAUGGCAUUCUUAAUGUUUUAAGUCCUCUUGGUCCUCACACACACCUGAUCCUAAUGGGUCCCCGGGUCGAGUUGAAAACAAAUGUGUAAUAAUUGUGCAAAACAUAAAGAAACUGUCAAAGUUAAUUUUUGUUUAUUGUUCUUUAAUAAAUAUUCAUUUAAGUGCAAAUCAUAUCAGCAACAUCAUGCAGUGCAUAACAAGAGAAAUCCAAAUCUCACUUGGACAGAGACUGUUUUACACACACACACACAUUCCCUCUCAGUUAUACUGAACAUGUAAAUUGGGGAUAAUUAAGAUUUCAAUAAUCAAAGUAGCCCCAUCACAGACAGACAGACAUCAUUGCUGAUGAAAAUACUCACUUUGGUACAAUAACAGAGAGAGUGAGGUGGGAGUUUCCAGCUGCAGAUACAGAGUACAGGACGAGCAUGCUACUAUAGUUGCAUACAGUUGUGAAG